AAGUUCUCAAAAAUUUGAUUUUAAUGGAAACGAUGCCUAAUAUAAUCUUGUUUUUAUAUUUCCUCAUAAUGCUGUUUUCGGAUCAUUCUCGUCAAUUGAUUUGCUUCAUGUUUAAUGAAUCGAUCAGCUAUAAAUUACUUGUUUUCUGUAUUGUUUUGCUUUUUCGUGGGGGCGGGGCGAAUAAUCUCCUCAUUUCACCGAAUGACGAAAUCCAAAUAAAAUGAAAGCGAAAUAUAAGUCAUUAAAAAAGAUGUAUUUAGUUGUUGAAUACAAGUAGUUCGUUGUCGAGCUCGCUACGAUUGUCAUAUUGUUCCCAAAACAUAAUUUCAAAACGAGUAGAUUGCUCAAAAGUCUUGCAUACGUCCUUGAAGCGCUCCUCCGAACCAACAUAGUGUUCAGCCAAUUCUUCGAGUUCAGCUUUUGUGAAAAAAUUCCACAGUUAGAAGUAUAUACAUCUUUGUUAAACCUUAUAGAAGAGAAAGCAACAAAUUACUUACCAAUGCCUUUAGACAACAUGACU